CAUAAUGUAUAUAGCUAUGCAAAGGUGGAGAAGAUUCCUGGUGGCGCUAUUGAAGAUUCCUGUGUGCUGAAAGGUGUUAUGCUCAACAAGGACGUAACACAUCCCAAAAUGCGYCGGUACAUUGAGAAUCCACGCAUCGUACUGCUGGAUUGCUCACUUGAAUACAAAAAGGGCGAGAGCCAAACCAAUGUUGAAAUCAUUGGCGAGCAGGACUUUACUCGCAUGCUGCAAAUCGAAGAAGAGUUUGUGCAGCGCGUCUGUGCUGAUAUUAUUGCCGUAAAACCGGAUCUGGUAUUCACUGAAAAGGGUGUCUCUGAUCUGGCACAGCAUUAUCUGCUUAAGGCGGGCAUCACUGCCAUUCGACGUCUACGCAAGACGGACAAUUUGCGCAUUGCUCGCGCCUGCGGUGCUACCAUUGUGAACCGUACUGAGGAGCUGACAGAGAAGGAUGUGGGCACUGGUGCCGGACUAUUCGAGAUAAAGAAAAUUGGUGACGAGUACUUCACAUUUGUCACUCAGUGCAAGGAUCCUAAGGCCUGCACCAUACUGCUGCGCGGUGCCAGCAAAGACAUUCUCAACGAAACGGAGCGCAAUCUGCAGGAUGCCCUUCAUGUGGCACGCAAUCUAGUGCUUGAACCACGUUUGGUGGCCGGUGGCGGUGCUGUCGAAAUGGCAGCAUCUCAGCUACUAACCCGUAAGCAGGUGAAAGGACCCUACACUGCCGUGGCGCGUGCUUUGGAGAUUAUACCACGCACACUGGCCCAGAAUUGCGGUGCCAAUACUAUUCGCGCCUUGACCGCUCUGCGUGCCAAGCACGCCUCUCACACCGGAGACGGAGUCUGUGCCUGGGGCAUUGAUGGCGAGUCCGGUGAGAUUGUCGACAUGAAUGAGAAGAACAUUUGGGAGCCGCUUGCCGUCAAACUGCAGACCUACAAGACGGCAGUGGAGACGGCUAUUCUGCUGCUGCGCAUAGAUGACAUUGUAUCUGGAUCGAAGAAGCGUGGCGGCAACGAACCGACCAAUCCAGCAGCCAUGGCUCAGGGUCAGGAGUAGGCAGUGAACAACAAAUACAUUUGUAUUAAUAAUUCUUAAUAUUUUAAUACUUAAUUUAACACACAAACACAARCAAAGCGUGUGCACACACAUAAACACACRCACACACACAAAUGUCUAACAUUUCGCCAGUUCCCUCAUAUACAAAAUUCUUGUUGCAUUUGCUUUCAUUAACAGCACACAAAUAAAAC